AUGUCUUUUGGUAGUCCUUAUUCUAAAACUAUGGAAAAAUUAGUUAAGGAAUGCACUGAUAAUGGUAUUCAUAUUGUAGUCUCAGCUUGCAAUAAACUUAGUGAUGCAUGCAUAGUAUCUCUAGCUGCUGCUCCUUCAGCCAUUACAGUUGCCACUUCUUAUAAAUCUGAUCAAAUAGCUGAUUUUUCAAAUUAUGGAUCAUGUGUUGACAUUUAUGCCCCAGAAAGUGAUAAUGAUAGUCAUGUUCUUAAAGAAACAAGCAUGUCUGCUCCUCAUGUUGUAGGCACAGUAGCACUUUAUAUUUCAACUUAUGGCAGCUUACAUCCAUCAAAUAUGUCUGAAGCAAUUAUUUCAUUAGCAACUAAAAAUAAUAUUACAGGAAUUCCUGAUAGAAAUAAUACUUACUUUUUGCGUGUAUCUUAUUAA